GUUAAAACCAUCGCUUCAACAUUUUUUUAUAUCCACAAAUAUACCAGACACAUUUAUAUAAUUGUUUAAUACUAUAUCUAGAAAUAUCUAGAAACAUCAAUAUCACUCCUUUUUUUUCAUGAUAUAACAAUAUUCUUCAUCCUCUUAUAAUGAUUCUCAUUCCUACAAAACUAAUCUCUCGCACCAUUCCUUUAAUCUCAAAGCAAAACAUUCCUUCUAAAAUAUCUUCUAAUCUUCAAAAUAUAAGCAAUAUUCAAAGAUAUUACUCCUCUGAUGCUGCCUUUUUACCUAUCACAACACCUUUCUCUGAUAAUAACAUUAAACCAUCUGAAAAUGAUUUGUCUGAAAAUGAUUCAUCUGUUAAUCUAAAUAACCCAAACAAUUCUUUUUCCGGUUCCUUAUUUUUCAAUCCUAAAAACAAAAUUCGUAAAUUAAUCUCAAAUGAGGACAAAAACCUUAAUAAUAAUAAAAAAAAAAAAAAAAACGGUUUUACCAAACAUACAAUUCUAACUAAUGAACUCAUUGAUGCAAUAACUGAACAAUUAGUUAAACCCUAUGAACUAGAAUAUAAUGAUUUCUCACUAGAGUUUUUUGAAAAUAUUUCCCCUUUAGAUCUAUUUCAAUAUAUGUCUACCAUUAAUGAAACUGAAAAUAUCGUCCAUUCCGAAAUUCUAUCGAAAAUUUAUACAAUCGAGAACUUUAAAUUGAUCUUAAUUAAAUUAAUCUCUUAUCACUCGUUCGUAAGAAAAAGUUCCAAAUUAAACUUUAAAAUCGAAAAACAAUUCGGUUUAGCUUACUCUAAAUUAGCAUCUGAAUUAUUCAAAACUAUUGAAAUUUCAAUUAAUUAUUUCUUGCAUUAUAACCCAAAGGCUCUAACUUUCUCUCAGUAUAAAUAUUUAAUAAAAUUUUUCGGUGAAAAUUAUAAAAUAGAUACCGUUAACUAUUAUUUUGAAAAUAUUUCUUAUGAUUUAGAUAUAAAUUUAUGGAAUGCAAAAUUUAAAUAUCUUUGUGAUGGUCAGCCGGAGUUGUGGAGUUAUAAAAGAACUAGACACAUUGCCUUUGAUACUAGCGUAAAUCCCAUCUGGUUAGAGAAAAGAAGAUCCCAUGGUUAUAAACCCUUUAUCGAUUUAUUUCACUCAUUUCAAUCUCACAAUAUAACCCCAAAUCAAGAAACCUUAUCAUUAAUCAUAUUAUGCAUAGCAAGAAACUCAAAUUUAUCAACACUUCAAGAUUAUAUUCAAAAAAACUUGGGAAUAAAUGUAGAUCAACAACAAUAUAGUGAUGAUAUAAUAACAUCUUCUUAUCCAAUCCAACCAAACUAUGAUAUAUUAAAAUCUAUCAUCACUGCUUUUGCUUACCAUAACGAAUUCCUAAAAGGUUUAAUGACUGUAAUGAUGAUCGAAAAAAAAUUCGACAAAAUUGAUUUAUCUAAUCCAAAGGCUUUAUUCUUAUGGAAAACUUUAUUACAAUGGGCAGAAUUAACUACUUCAAAAAGAAUCUCUAAAAAAAACUAUUCUCUAAAAAUCACAAAAGCUGAAAAAUUAGAAGAAAAAUCAAAACGAAAGGAAUUGUUAAACCAUUUAUGGCUCUAUUAUCUUCGAACUCAUUCUAAUGUAAUAGAUUUGGACAUGAUCAAUUUAAGAUUCAACAUUCUUCGUAGAUCAAAUGAUGUUUUGAAUGUCAUAAAUGAUUUACCAAUUUUGCAUAUGAAUUACAUCAAGGACAAAAGUAUAUUCAAGGGAAUUUUUGCGAAACACUUAACAUACAUUGUGAAGAUCUCUAUCAAAACCAAUCAUGAACUUCAGACUCUAGAACUUCUCAAUCGUUUCAAUGACAACAAGGAUUUAAUAAUCACAUUGUUCAUCCAAAAGUUGCAAGAUAGCAUUGAUAAGAAAAAAGUCUCAGACUCAAAACUAAAAGAAGGAUUGGUAGAAAGACAAAUUAGAUUGCAGGAAGAUGAUGAUGAAGAAUUUGGAGAAUGGUGAGACCCUAAUAUGAUAUCUUAUAUAAUUAACUUUCUUUACUUUUCUGAUAAUUUUUUUUUUAAUAGACAUCGAAUAUUAGCAUUUCAU